CCCUCUUUAAAAGCCCUCCGUAGUAAGAAGAAUGAGAGGCUAGGACAAGAGAGACAAGAAACAAGAAGAAAUAGAAAAAGCAGAGCAAAAAAGAAGAGGGUGUGUGAAGAAGCAUGAGUUCCGGAGACCGAAAGAAAGCAGUUCUUUAUCAUCAAUUGCAACAACUUCGGGCUGCCACCAAUUCCAAUGCGCUGAACAAAGCUUCAAUUAUUGUUGAUGCAUCCAAUUAUAUCAAGGAGUUGAAGCAAAAAGUGGACACACUCAGGCAAGGCGUUGGAACUUCGACUACCCCAAAUCCAUCACCAGCGGUUACAGUGGAAACCUUAGAAAGGGGUUUCCUUAUUAAUGUGUUGUCGGACAAGAACUCCCCUGGUUUGCUCGUCUCUAUUCUCGAAGCCUUUGAGGAGCUGGGCCUCGAUGUUCUUGAUGCUAGGGUUUCUUGUUCAGACACCUUCCAACUAGAAGCAGUCGGAGGAGAAAACCAGGGGCAAGCGGAUAGUAUAGAUGCUCACGUGGUGAAACAAGCAGUCUUGCAAGCUAUUCAGAACUGGAGCCAAAGCAGUGAGCAAGAUUGAUGUAAAUUGAUAUACAUAUUGUAUCUUUGUUGCACCUUCUACCCACCCCUCUCUUUCUCUGUCCUGGCUCCUAGCUGUUCCUCUAUAUGGGUCUAGUGCCACGAAACUAUCAAUGAACUAGUGUUCAAAUCUUCUCCUCUAAUGUUACAUCUGCUACUGAUCAA